AUGGUACAAGAAACCGGAGCUCAAGCUGUAGCAAGCAAGGUCAAAGGAGGAAGAAAGGGCAAGACAACACAACCACGUGUCACUGAUAAUGAGGCCACCAAUGAGUCAGACACCAAGGUGAUCGAUGACAAUGCUGAUGAAGAAACUGACUCUGACUCAGACCACGACAAUGAUGGCAAGCAAUACAACUUUCAUACCCUAGUGAAGCUACUUGAGCCAGUUCCAAAACUCACAUCACACAACUACUAUAGUUGGAGCACCCAUAUCAAGUCUUUCCUACAAUGUGUCCCCCAUGCUAUGAAGCAUCUUGAUGGAGCAUAUGACAAGAAACAUCCCAAGUGGAAUUGCACAUUCAAUGAUGCCUUAACGAAUGCACUAUGCAGUACCAUCGAUACCACUGGAGAGUUUAACAUAAAUUACCUGAUUCUUGACAUCAUCAGGGAACAACAUACAUUCAAUAAUGUAUGGAAGAAGAUUGAAAAUGGACUCACCAAUGAGGCCACCACCAUAUCUCGUCAUAUUGCAUUGAUCACUCAGCUAGGAGAACUCAGGAUGUACAACUCAGACAUACAAAAGCUCAUCCAAGAAAUAAGAACCAUCCAAACAGAGAGCAGCUUACUGGGAAAGCCAUUUGCUGAUGACACCCUGUUUUCAAAUCUACAAAAUUUCAGUGCCCUCACCACCACCCUAUCCAUCUGGCAAUCGGCGAUCGAGAACAACCCCACUUUGAGGGUUGAUCCCUGCCAAGCUAGUGCCAGAGUUGCUGGCAGCGAUGACCAGAAUGAGACACCCAGAGAUGAUGAGAAGGAUGAGAAGGAUGCCAACAGCACCAGUGCCAAGGUCGCCACCAGACCCCGAAGGUGUCAUGGGCCUGGAUGCUCAAGAAGCAGGAGGGUCAUGGGUUCAUAUGGAAGGAGCACAGGUAUCGAAGACCUAGUUGAUACCAGUAGAGAGCAUGGUCGUAGUGCAGUCUCCAUGGAGACCAUGGACUCCUAUGGACUCACAUGCAAAGGAGAACCGAGCCACAUGCGAGGAGGACCAGGCACAGCCACAAGGAGGACCAAGCUCAAGGAGCAGGCACAGCCACGAAGAGGACCAAGCUCAGAUGGUUACCACUCAGGGGCUCGAGAGACAAGAGUCCUAGGACACUGGCAAGCAGGUCCUGAGGAAGAGGAGCAGUGUCGAAGGAGUCGACACCAGGUCAUGAGGAGGAGGAGCAGUGUCGAAGGAGUCGACACCACUCAAGAGGCACAGGGGUGCCAAGCAGGAGAGGCCCCUGAGCAGUACUCGAUGAAGAGGGUACUCUCUGGAGAGAGAGCAGGAGCAGCAUCGCUGGCGAUGUUGUGA